AUGUCCAGCACUAUCACCAUCGAAUACAGCACUACAGGUAUUGACAAGAGCGUCGAUCCUUUUGAUUCCGAUGACUUCUCAAUUCUCUCGUUUGGUGAUGCUGACAUCCAAGAGGACCUUGAUGAAUUUGGUUGCCCUCCAAGUCUGAACCGCGAGCAAUCCACAACCCCAACCGAUACCCCACCACCACCCGAUAUUGAAACCAUCCGAUCCAUUCCCAUAUCUGACGAUGAAAGCACGUCAGGUACCAGCCUUUUCUCUGACACUAGCUUGCAGUUUUUGAGCAACCCGCAGUCUCCAAAGUCAUCCGAAUUACAUGAUAACACUUCCUUAGAAGAAAUGGUUGUCAAGCUCAACAGAUCCAUGAUUCGAUCAGCACGCUCGCGAGCCAUGAUUUCCAAGGCAGUCUUCCCGGACCUGAGAAAGCAAGGUCUGAAAAGAAACAAGAAACCAAUAAUGCUUGCCAGCAAAUCAAGUCUGGUACACAAGGUGCAACGGUCAACUGCAACUGCUAAGCAUACCUAUUCCAACAGCAGUGGAUUUGCCAAGAGCUCACUUUUGGAUUUCCUUCGAGCUACCAAAAAAUGGUAA